GGCAGGAAGAGGAGCCUCCACGUGCAUCCAUCGCUCUCUGCGUCCGCAGCUUUCGGCGCCGGGAGAAUCGCUCCCCCCAUCCCGCAGGAUUUUCCAUUCCCAACCCUUGGCUAGAUGGAGGAGGAGGCUGUGAGGAAGAGGAAGAUGCCCCGGGAGCCCCAGGCAGACAAGGAGCUGAGCACAGAGCCCAGGGAGGACAAAUCCCCGCGGCAGAACCUGGUGGAAGAGGCCGUUUUGAGUAGCUCCACAUCGCAGGAAUCCAACAGGGAGGAAAAGCCCUGGAGAUCCCACAGGAGGAGGAGCUGCAAACGCAGCCCAGGGUGCUCUGAGGAGGAAAGACCCACCCUGUGCCGGGAAGGCGUCCGGAGAUCCAGCCAGAGCUCGGAUCUGGUGGUUCAUGAGCAGCUUCAUGAUGGGAAGAAGCCCUAUGAGUGUGGGGAAUGUGGGAAGAGCUUCAGCUGGAGCUCCAGCCUGAUCCGCCACCAGAUGAUCCACACCGGGAAAAGCCCCUACAAGUGUUCCGAGUGGCUUCUGGUACAACUCUGA